AGGGAACAGUUACACUCCUGUGCAUCUCCCAGCCUGCCACAGCUACCAUGGCCUCUUACAGCGUUCGCCAGACAAGCUCCUCCAGCUCUUAUAGAGGCUUGGGUGCCCCUAUGGGAGCUGGCAGGAUGUUCGCCAAAGCCCCAAGUGUCCAUGGUGGGUAUGGAGGCCAAGGUAUCUCCGUGUCUUCUGCCAAGUUUGUUUCCUCUGGCAUCGGUGGAGGCCUUGGCGGUGGCAGCUAUGGUGGCGGGUUCAGCAGUGGAUAUGGUGCUGGUUCUGGAUAUGGUGCUGGUUCUGGAUAUGGUGCCGGGCUCAGCGUCAAUGUAUCCGGGGAUGUCCUGCUGUCUGGCAAUGAGAAGGAGACCAUGCAGAAUCUGAAUGACCGUCUGGCAAUGUACCUGGACAAGGUGCGCGCCCUGGAAGAAGCCAAUUCAGGCUUGGAGCUGAAGAUCCGGGAGUGGUAUGAAAAACAGGGACCCAGCCCUUCCCGUGACUACAGCCAUUACUUUGCUAUCAUCGAGGACCUCAGAGGCAAGAUCCUUGACGCCACCGUCGACAAUUCCAAGAUCGUCCUGCAAAUUGAUAAUGCCAGGCUGGCUGCGGAUGACUUCAGAACCAAGUAUGAGAACGAGUUGGCCCUCAGACAGAGUGUGGAAUGCGAUAUCAAUGGCCUGCGUAAAGUCUUGGAUGAGCUGACAUUGUGUAGAACUGACCUGGAACACCAGAUUGAAAGCUUGAAGGAAGAGUUGGCCUACCUGAAGAAGAACCAUGAAGAGGAAAUGAACGCAAUGCGAGGACAAGUUGGCGGGCAAGUGAGCGUUGAAGUUGAUGCGGCACCAACGGUGGAUAUGAACAAGAAACUGGCAGAAAUGAGAGAACAGUAUGAGCUCCUGGCAGAAAAGAACCGCAGAGACGCAGAGGCAUGGUUCUUCUCACAGUCUGAGGAGUUGAACAAAGUAGUUGCAACUCAUACAGAACAGAUUCAGACCAGCAAAUCGGAGAUCACAGACCUACGACGCACAAUCCAGGGCCUGGAGAUAGAACUGCAGUCACAGCUCAGCAUGAAAGCAGCCCUUGAAAACACACUUUCGGAAACAGAAGCCCGUUACGGAAUGCAGCUAGCGCAGAUACAGAACGUGAUCGGCAGCAUUGAAGCUCAGCUCGCAGACCUCCGGAGCGACAUGGAGCGGCAGAACCACGAAUACAAGUUGCUCAUGGACAUCAAGACCCGCCUGGAGAAAGAGAUCAGCACCUACCGACAGCUGCUAGAAGGGCACGAUGCACAAAUUGGUGGAGGAAAGCAUAAGGAUGCUAAAACAGGAGGGAAGUGAGGCCACUGGUGGAGCUGAGACAGCCUGCAAUCAAGCCCGUCUUCAUUCAUUGCAUAGAAAACGCUUACGGAGAGUCCAUCACACAGGGAUCUGUUACGCUUUCCACUGCCAGUGCAAAUACCCAGCACCACGAGGCCAGGAAUCCCUAGGAAAUGAUGAUGCUUUAGAAAUUCGCUUGCAACUCACUUCUUUACAUGCUUCAGCUGUCUCAAUAAAUACCAAAUGUUUGGGCCGUGCAUUUAAAAGUAA